GUGUAGGAUCAACUAUCAGCUGUUCAUUUCCUACUUGUCACUCGCGUUUGAGUCGAACGAUUAAAUUAAGAUAAUAAUAAACAAAUGGAAAACGUAUAUGGUGUUGCGUAGUUCAAUCAUAUUCUGCAUAAAACAGUGCAAAAAUGAUAAAUUAACCAAAUGCAAUAGUUCCUUUUCUAAGUGAACGUAGAAUCGAGAAAUUAGAAAAUGGAUAUAAUAAAGAAAGAGUUGCUUGUACCAGCAAAACAUAUUAAAGUAACGGAUGACAGAAUAUGUUUAACUGUUCACAAAAACUGGCUAACUGGUUUACUUACUAUUGGUCCAAUUUCGUUCAUUAAUCAUGAACGAUUAACAGAAGAUGAAAUUGCAGCACAACCUUUGCUUGAGGAAUUAGGCUCAAACUGGAUAAAAGUAUAUGUCAAAAUCUAUGAGAAACAACAUAAAUAUGCAGUUCCACUUCCAAGAGGAAGACAUUCAUCAAAUGGAAAUACUCAAGCAGAUUUAACAUUUUCACAAUUACUACAUUAUGUUGUGGAAACCAAUUAUCGCAAUCUUUGGAAGGAUUGUUAUAAAAAAUAUUAUAAUCCGUGGAAUUGUGUAGACCACAAAGAUCAAUGCAAUAUAACUGCUAAUGUAAGUGAUACAUCAAUUAUGCAAGAAGUACUACAAAAAAUGUAUGGUUGUACUUUAGUACAAGUUCAAAAUGGAUCAGUUAUAUCUGUAGUACCUGGCGUAUCAGUUGAAGUACAUUGUAAUCUUCUUCCAAUACAUUUUGCUGUUGAAACAACAUCUGCUUUCAUAACAUUGUAUGAACAAACUGCAGAAUAUUCUGUUCGUGAGUGUGUGAUGUAUAGUCCAGCUGCUUUAAAUAUGAGUCAUGGUAAAGCAUUGUUUCUAAUAUACCAACUAUUACAAUUAUGCAGAGAUUUGCAUGAUCGUGGCCUUGUAUUGGGUGAAGUCACGCUUAGUGAUGUAUUACUUAUGGAUAAUUUUACUAUACAGGUUUUACCAAAAUUAAGUGAUAAUGUAUAUGUAAAACCUGAAAAUGAACUUCACAAAAACUCCAACAGUCAAGACAUCAAGAGCAAACAUUUCAAUGGGUACAAGAAAAAUGUUGAUAUGACUCCAUUGGACAAUAUGUCACAAGGAAAUCACGAAUUUGGAAAGAAUGAAAGUAUCGAAAAAUUGUGUGAAAUGUGGGUCUAUAAUUGUAUUAGUAACUACGAUUAUUUAACUGCUUUAAAUAAUAUGGCUGGUAGAAGAUAUGGAGAUCCAAGUUGCCAUCAUGUUAUGCCUUGGGUCACAGAUUUUACAUCAAGAUGCGGUAGUAAUUGGCGAGAUUUAACAAAAUCCAAAUUUCGAUUAAAUAAGGGUGACAGACAGUUAGAUUUCACAUUUGAUUCUCAAUCUGUUGAAGUAGGACACCAUGUGUCGGAUGUUUUGUCAGAGAUUACAUAUUAUGUUUAUCUCUCGCGUCGUUAUAAUAAAUCUGUUCUUUGCAAACAUGUACGACCUCAAUGGGUUCCAGGAGAAUAUCCUGCUUCUAUACAAAGAUUACAUGACUGGAGUCCAGAUGAAUGUGUACCACAAUUUUUUACAGACCCUAGUGUUUUUAAGUCUAUUCAUGAAGAUUUACCAGAUUUAGAAAUUCCUGCAUGGGCAACAUCUCCAGAAGAUUUUAUUGAAAAACAUAGAGAGGCUUUGGAAAGUUUUUAUGUAUCCGAAAGACUGCACCAUUGGAUAGAUUUAACAUUCGGCUACAAAUUAUCCGGAUCAGCAGCGGUAAAGUCAAAAAACGUUUGCUUGCAUCUUGUUGAUAAUCAUACCAGCCUGACCAAUUCUGGUGUUGUUCAACUUUUUACACAUCCACAUCCACAAAAAAUUAUUCCCUCACCUUAUUGGUGUAAGAUUCCACCUCGGUUACGUUCAUCUUUUGUAAUGAAUAAAUAUAAAAAUGAACAAUCUGGGAAUAGAGCUAGCGAUGAUGAAGGUCAUAGUUCCGGAUUUGAAGAAGAAGAACUACCGGUUUCAAUUUUAAAUCCAUCUAGAUCGUCACCUUUAGUCUUAAGUCGAUUACUAAGUCGUUCUAGAGGUUCUUUGCUUUCUACCGAAGAUACUAUCAAGCAAGACAAAUCGACAAAUCAGACGAUAAUUCUUCCAAAAGACUAUAAUCCGGUUGCAGCUAUUCUGCAAGUAGAAACUAUGCAUACAUUUAUAAACAAAGUGAGCUCUCAAGUUUAUAAGCCAGAAAUUGAAUUGCACGAGUCAUCUACAAAUUACAAACAAAUUGUGGCUUGCGGACGUAUUAAAGAACAACAAAUGCUGGGUUGUCUAAUUUUGGAAAUAUUUUUGUCAAGUAAAUUUCGAGCAACGUGGAAUGUUGAAAAAGUGUCAUUUGCGAAAAGACUUAAUGUCUGUUUGAAAAUAUUGAAAAUGUCAUCUGAUAGUUUACCUAAGUGUGUAAGAAAUGCAGUUGCUUUGUUGUUGCAAGUUGAUAUCAUACCAAAAAGUUAUAACAUUAAUAAUGUAGAAGUAACCGAUACACCGUUUCGAUAUCCAACUAUUACACAUAUGGGAUUACCGCCACCGUCUGCCCAUCAGUUUCUUCAACCAAUGCUUUCUGGAAGUUUAUUUCCAUUUUCGAAGUACUACAAGUAUUUAUUCAAUAUUGUGGAAAUGUUACAAGAAUAUAAUAGUUUAGCACGCGAGUUAAAUUUUAUAAUGAAGUCUGAAGAUGAUACGGAUAUCAUACUUAAAACAAAAACGAAAUUCCUUUGUAAAAUUAGUGAGUGUAAAGUUAUAGCAAUUGCUAGAGAAUUAGAUCAUCUAUUGUCCCACACAGGUGUUGCAAGAGAAGCAAGCUUAGAAUUGAUAGUGCCGCAUAUACAGCAAAUAAUGGAAGAACGUUAUAGUGCUGUCUUAGCUGCUUGGUAUCUAUUUGAUCCUAUUGCUAAAGCAUUGGGUCCUAAAGAUACUGUGGAGAUAUUUCUAUCAUCUAUCAUGAAGUUAUAUGAAAAUGGUUCUUUUAUGGAUUGUCCACUAUAUGUUGAUACACUCUCUUCUGAAUUAGUUGCAAAAUUUAGAACUACUCGAUUAUACCACAGAAAUUUUUUGUUAAAACUUAUAGUGAGAUUGGGUCUACGUCGGUUCUUGGAAAAUUUUAUUGUACCUCUUGUAGAAGCAGUUGGAGGAUAUAGAGACUCCGUACAAGGGUGUUCAUCUUACACCCACAAAACUGGCAACCUUAAAAGUUGUAAUUUAAAUGAAAUUGGUAACGAUGGAGAAGGAAUUUUGUCACCUCUAGAUGAGGAUUCCUCUGCAGAUUCUGAACAUAUUUCUUUAUCGCCUGGACCUGUAACUAGUGAUAUUACGCACAAUACGAAUUUAACCGAUGAUAUUGAGGAAGUAUUCACAAUAGAAACAAAAGACAAUUCUUGGAUUUCUUUGAAUUCUAGUACACUGUAUGAUAUUGAUUUACAUAUAGAUCUAAAUCUUAACGAUGAUAUAAAUGAAGAAGGAAACAAAGUUUCACCGUUCAAAUCAGUUAAAUCACCGACAAUUCCUAUACCGAAAACAUCCAAUUCGCCAAAUAAAUUAAUAACAGAAUUUAGUAAUAUUAGUUGCAACGUAGGAAGUAAAUCGUCUAACGAAGAAUUUGUAUGCAAUGAUAGUUAUGGUGGAAUUACCGAUUAUAGAAAUAUGUUUGAAGAAAUUUCUAAUACAGAAGAACAAAAUUCUACUAUACUACAAACAGAUGAUAUUAAAUCCGAUACGGUGAUACACGAAGACGUUCACAUAGAUCAUAUUUAUCAAAAAUCUACAUUGAAUGAAUGUACAACUUCGGAAAUGAGUGCAGGAUCUAUUAUUUGGUUAUCUCAUCGACUUGGUCCUGUGCUUACUGCCCGAUAUUUGUCGCGAAAUUUAUUAAGAAUGCUCGCAUUGUGUUAUACUGGAAAGGAAAAUUUAAUAAUAAUCGAUGAUACUUUGGCAUCGAUGCAAGGUAUUACUUGGAAUAAAAAAGUUUUAGUUGGCGAUCGUAACGCUGUAAAAGUUUUGGAGUGUCUUGCGGCUAUUGCAGGUUUAUAUGGAGAACAAAUAAUAGUAUUGCAGUAUUUCGCACAUAUGGUGGAACUGUUAAUUCUUUGUAAAAGAAAACUAACACAAAAUUUAGAAGGUGGACUUAUCUCAUGUCUAACUCUUUUAAACCACAUUACGGCAUACCUCAAUGACACAACGUUAAUGGAUGUACUUCAUGAACCGAUUGUGAAAUCAAUACUACAUCCUACAGUUCGUAUAUUAUCAUCUACGCGAUUUACUUUUCCUAAUGGUAUCGCUGCACGUGCUGUACUCGCUGAAAAAUGUUUAGAGACUCUAUUCAUGCUUAGUUUACGAUUGGGGAACAUUGUUGUAAAGAAUCAUUUAGCAGUACCUAUUCAACGAUUUUUCUUAACAUUCAAUAAAUCAUUUAAUCAUAACGAUGUUGAAGAUUUUAAAAGUGAAAUCAAUCAAAAAACAACAAGUGAACAUUUUGUGAGUAUAAAGUGUACAAAUUCAGACAAGGAUGCACAGAGACUUCAACCAAAUUUCAACACAAAUGUUACUGAUUCUUAUUCUCCACCAGUUUUAGAAAAUAUAGAUGUAUCGGAUUCGCAAAAAAAUAAAGCACUUGAAGAAUUGAAAGCUGUAUUUACAGCAGAAUUUGCUCAUAAAGCAUACAUGCUCUUUUACAAAUGUAUUGACAGUGAAGUAAUGGAACAAAUACUCAAAAAUUAUGAACAUAUACAUCAUUUGUGCUAUAAAUAUGAACAAGAAACAAAAAUGCCAUCAUCGUAUGCCGAUGGUAGCAAUCAUAAUAUUCUAUACAACAGUAAUUAUAAUGUAACAGAAAGCACAGGAUUAGCCCAUAAAGAUGUUUCCAGUUUUGGAAAUAUAUCAGUGGUAGGAAAUAGAUUUGCGGUACAAAAGAAUGAUGCCGGGAACAGUGCAACGUCAGAAAAUAUCAUGUCGAAUCGUGAAACCAUUUCUACAUAUACUGGGAGACAGUUACGAGGGAAUUGGUUAGCAUACUGGGAACAUGAAAUUGGAAGAUCAGACAAGGAUGUAGCAUUUAAUAUAAAACAAAUAAAGCUUCAAACAUUUAGUGGUCAUACUAACAGUAUUAGAUGUUUAUAUGCAUUAGAUAAUGAGAAUAGUUUUAUAAGCGGUGGAAGAGAUAAGACUGUUAAAUUAUGGAGUUUAAGAAGUCAGGGUGAUGGAAACACUGUUUCACCUUGUCAAUAUACUUACACUGGGCACAAAAAAUCUAUUCUUGCCCUUACAUUCCUAGAAUCUUUAAGAUAUGUAGUUACUUGCGAUGGCACAAUUCAUUGUUGGGAUCCUUUCAUGGGUUCUCUCCUUGGAUGUCCAGAAAGCUCUCGCCCUGUUCCUGUAAAUACAUUAACAGCAAGCCCUCCUCCAUGUACAACUUUACUUGCGGGAACAACUGACAUUACUCUCAGAGUUAUUGACUGUAGAACGUUUCAGUAUGUAAAUGAAAUGAAGGUAUCUGUAAAUCCAACAGGCUUAAUUAGGUGCAUUGCUGUAGCACCUAGUGGCUACUGGGUAGCACUAGGUCAAGCAUCAGGGUUUUUAACAAUUUUAGAUACUCGUACAGGUCUUAUUAUUGCGUCAUGGAAGGGCCAUGAAUGCGAAGUAUGUAUUAUAUUUAAAUUAUUCACAAUUUUAAAAACUUUAAUUUGUUAUUUUUUUCAGAUAUUACAAUUAGUAGCUAUAAAUGAAACAACUAUAGUUAGUUCUUCAUUAGAUGAAACUAUCACGGUGUGGAGUGCAUUGGAUGGAAAACUUAAAUUCCAUAUGAAAGGAUCCACAGAACCAGUUCAUUGUAUGUCCACUUACGAGCAAGAACUCAUAAUAGGAACAACAGCAAAUCGUGUGGGAGUUUACACAUCCAUAGAAACAACAGCAUCAUUCUCAUCAUCAAAGUUGAAAUCCGACACAUUUAAAGGACUUCUUACUACAAUGGCAGUUCUUCCUCUUAAUCGGUUAUUACUUUUAGGCGCAGAUAAUGGCGGUAUUACGUUAAUUUGCUGAAUCUCACAUAUUAAUAAUUUUUCCAAAGAUUUAAAAUAAAUUUAUGUAGAAUUAAUUAAUCUUUAAAAAUAUAUUAAAUUUUUAUAAUG